CGAACAGCUUCUGUACAUCACUUCCUAAUGGUGUAUGUGCUUUCAGAAACAAGGCCACCGAAUUGUACAAAACAUUGUAUCUAUGCAAAUGUGUAUAAAGACAAAACACCAUGCCUCGUGAUUAAUAAAAUCAAUCGACUUGAGUUCCAUACGGUAGUCGAUACGGCUGGCACUCCAUCAUUAUGGUUUCUUGAUUCAUUAUAUAUUGAUGAGCCUAUUCUUGCAUUAGACAAGUUCGAACACCCCAAUUUACCAACUGAUUGUUUAUUGUUAUUAACAGAAACCUAUCAACUACUAUUUCUUUGGUUUGAUCCAACAUUAUCUCGAUUUUCUAUUUUGAGUACCAUUACCUUUGAUGCCAGUAACCAACAAUUGCCAUCAGAUGCAUUGCCUAAAAUCAUUAUUGAUCCUUCACCGAAUCCAGAAUUCUUUUUGGUGUACUUCUUCGAAGGGUUUUUGCAGGUCUUUAUCAUUAACAACCUGUGGAGCCCAUCUGAUGGAAGUGCUAACAGACCAAAGAGAAAACACGAUCAACAUGAAAUUGUUGAGGAGUUCACAUCUUCUAUCGGGGGUAUAGUUUUUCAAGACAUCAAAAUACAUCAAAAUACAGGGUCAAGCAAAGUUUUCUCCGUGCUUUACAGAGAUUAUAAUUAUGCCUAUUCUUUACGCUCGUACCUGCUUGACAUUAACAACAAAAGCAUCUCAAUAUUACGACAAUUUGAUGAAUUCAAUGAGGCACCAACAACUUUGAUAAACCCAACUAAUGGGGGACUUUUGAUACUUACUGAUAGCUACAUUUUCUAUUUUCCUAACCCUGAGAUUACACUUCUUGAGUUAUCUGACAACAACGCUGACGCCAAUAUUUCAUGCAACUCAGAGGAAUGUGUGAUAACAAAGAGAUUGACCAUUUCUGGGAGUACUGAUAUUUCUGCUUUUAGCUACUUCACAAUUAUUGACGAGAGGAGAAUCUUGUUAGUGAAUAAUCGGGGUGAAACCUAUUUGCUCUUUUUCGAUUCAGUCAAGAAGUCUAAAUCUUUAUUCCAGGUUAACUCAAUUUCAUUCGUUAAGCUAGGUCCCACCACAGUGCCUAUUAACGUGCUUCACAUAACUGAUAAUGUUUUUUUCGUGGCCUCAAAGCUAUCUCAAUCAGUAUUGUUUAAAAUUUUGACUAAAGAGCCAUACAUUGACAUAUGCCAAUUUGUCAGUUCAUCCCCCCCAGUAUUGGAUAUUCAAGUCCAAAAUAACGGAAACCAAAUAGAACUUUUCACUUGCCAAGGAGGUUAUGAAAGUGGUGAAUACAGAAGAAUCUCAAAUAGACUAAGUUAUCUUGAUUUCAAAAAGAGCUUUCAAUGUGAAUCAAAGCACAGUGAUAUAUCCGAAUUUUUCAGGUCAGAUGAUGAAGCAAUAAUAAGGGUAUAUGAUCCAGAAAUACAGAAAGCCCAGUACUUCAGCCUUAAUAGCAAUUAUUGCUAUCAACAUUUGGAAACCAAGAAUACAGAGACAAUUUUGACGAAAAAGGAUGCUUCUGGUCUAUUAGAGGUAUCACAGGAAGAAAUUUCACUAAACGGUACAGUUAUUAACAAGAUGGGGGUUCUGAAAGUGAAAGCAGUAAACUCUACUCUGUUCGUGGUUCUUGAUAAUGAAAAUACAUUUCACGUUUACUCAGAGGUCUUGAUACAAAGUGUGAAAUUAAAAAAAAGUACAGAAGUUUCAGCCAUGGACGUGGUUAAUGUUUUCGAGCGGGAGUAUUUGAUCUUGAUUUGUUUUUGGGAUGGAUCUUACGAGUUAUACCUGGUUUCGGAUUCGGAAUUUGAGCUCGUGAGAGAAGAGAAGCCGUCGCGAAACGGAGUACCUAUUUCAUCAUGCUGCCUUGUUUAUGACUAUCAUCAAAAGCCAGGGUCUACGUGGAUUCUUCUCAUUACUUCUAACAACGAUUUGAUUCAAGAAUUUCUUGAUUUCCGGAAAAAUGAAAUAGAAAGUAGCAGGAGUAGAAUUAUUCACUUGGAUGGAAUACCCUUCAAAUUUACCAAAAAUCAAUUGAAUGAAGUAAUAAUCUUUAAUAAGAAGAAGAUUUUUGGACUAUACAACGACAAGACAACAAAUUUCAACAGGAUUUUUGUAUUAGAUACGCUAAAUCCUCGUUUGGAUAUCAAUGAUAUCACCUUCAUAGGGAAUAAGCAUCUUGCAAUUUCAUCAAAUACAGAUGAAGUCUUCAUUUAUUCUGUCGAGUCUUUUGAUUCCACUAAAGAUGUUAUUUUUUCGAAUAGCUUCAACAUUAAGUCCGUAAAGAUACCUAGAUUCAAACAGGCUUUACUACUAUCUUCAAAGAAUGCUUUCAUCAAUGAAAUUAAUGAUUAUAGGAGAAAUUCGUACUUACAAUUAGUGGAUUUGGGUCAAAUGAAAGUGAUUUCGAAGGUUGAAUUCCCAGAAACCAAACCCGUCGAAUUGGUUGACAUUUGCAUAGUUCCGACCAUCGGUUUAGACUCACAAUCUAGUGGUCCUGGAGUUUAUGCAAUAGGUCUUUGUAAUUCCACUAGCCCAAGUGAAAUCAUCAGGAUUUUCCAGAUUAAAAAGGGCAAAUUGAAUGAACUUCCAAUGAUAAAGAUACUUGGUUUGUCAGAUAUAUCGAAGUAUACAUUCCAGAAUAUCCAGCUUAUCGAUAAAAAUAAUAACUAUUAUUUGGUUUCUGGUGUGAUAAACUUCAUAAUUAAACCUCGAAGUUUGCAUGAGUGGGUGGUUCUCCCAGACUGCGUGCAUGCAUCACCGGUAUUUUCAGUUGCUGCUUCUUACUUCGAUCGCACGUUAAUAUUUGGUGAUGUUGUAAAGGGUAUUACCACAGUGAAUUUGAAAGUCGAUGAACAAGAAAGUAUUGCGUUGGACAAGGAUACCACAAGAACAUUUUUGGAAACAACUUUUGUGACCGAUGUGGUGUCAUUUGUUUCUGAAGAUGGAGAAAUUAUUUUCAUCACCGAUUCCACGGGUAACUUUACUGGAAUAACUCUCAGUAGUGAGCUUGAGAACGAAGGUAUUGAAGAUAACUCGGACAUAAAAGACUUCAAGGAAAUUAUCUCGUAUAAUCUUGGUGAUUCAAUCAAUUUGGCUACUUUAAUUCCUGAGGCACACCAUGAACGAGAUUUUCAUUCAAAUUUUGAUAAGAUAGAGCAAGAAACAUCGAUAGUAAGAGGCAAAGUUUUGAUGGGAACAGUGAACGGAGGUAUUUACACUUUAAGUGAACUUAUUGAUACUGAUGAAGAGAUUCAAGAUAUUAUUACCGAAUGCUCUAAAGAGCUCAUAUUGUUUAAGCAUACGCUAUCUGACAUCCAGUACACCAGCAAACGUGACAAGUACAAUAUGUGGUUAAGCAAGAGAGAAAAAAGACUUUUACAGCAAGAUAGCAGUGGUCAACUAUCUAAAAAGCCCAAUAAAGGAGUGUUGGACUUAAUAUUUAUUCAGUACUGGUUGAAUAGAGAUGCUGUUUUGAGGCAGCACGAUCUAAUUGAUGAAUCAGCCCAAGAAUUGGAAGAAAUGAAGAAUUCAUUGAGAUCCUGUUAUAAGCAUCAGAGCUUGCUUCAAAGAAUAGUAUUUGAUGUCCAAGGUGUCUAGUAAGCUCAUAGCUGUGAAAUCAAAUGUAAAACGCAUCCUAUUUUUUUCUCGCUCUUCAAAAUAUACAAACAUCCAAACUUGCAAA